UGCGCGGCGGCGGCGGUCGUUGCUGGGGGCGGGAGGGGGAAUCCCGGUUGCUCCGCCGCGAUGGCCUCCAGCGGGGAGGAACCGAGGAGCGGCUCCCCGGGGAGGGCAGGCACCGGCACCGAGCUGUCGCCCAUGGGUGAUGCCGCUCAGCUGGACACGGCAGAGGAUUUCGAGGUCCUGGAAGAGGAGGAAGAGGAGGAGGACCUGAGCGAGCUGCCCCCGCUGGAGGACGUGGGCAGGCCGCCGGCCCCGCAGCGGGAGGACACCCAGCCCCAGGAGCAGGGCAGGGGGGAAGUGGCUGAAGACUCCCAGGAGUGGCUCGAUGUUUUGGGGAGUGGCUUGCUCAGGAAGAAGACGCUGGUGCCGGGCCAGGGGGUGGACACCCGGCCACGCAAGGGCCAGAAUGUGACCAUCCGCCUGAAGGCCACGCUGGAGGAUGGCAGUGUGGUGGAGGAGAACCCUGCCCUCACCUUCACGCUGGGGGACUGCGAUGUCUUGCAGGCUCUGGACUUGUGUGUGCAGCUCCUGGAAAUGGGGGAGACGGCUUUGAUUGUGUCGGAUGCAAAGUAUUGCUAUGGCACUCAGGGCAGGAGCCCUGACGUCCCACCCAACGCAGCCCUCACCCUGGAGGUGGAGCUGCUGGCGGCUCAGGAUGCACCGGACCUGGAGCUGCUCAGCGGGAAGGAGAAGAUAGAGCUGGCCAACCGCAAGCGGGAGCGCGGCAACUUCUUCUACCAGCAGGCAGAUUACGUGCUGGCCAUCAACUCCUAUGACAUCGCCCUCAAGAUCAUCAGCUCCAGCUCAAAAGUUGACUUUAGCCCGGAUGAGGAGGCUGAGCUACUAGAUGUGAAGGUGAAAUGUCUCAACAACCUGGCAGCCUCUCAGCUUAAAUUGGACCAUUACGAGGCAGCCCUGAAGUCCUGUAACCUCGUCCUGGAGCACCAGCCGGGGAACAUCAAGGCUCUUUUCCGAAAGGGCAAGGUCCUGGCUCAGCAGGGCGAAUACAGAGAGGCCAUCCCCAUCUUAAAGGCGGCGUUGAAGCUGGAGCCUUCAAACAAGACCAUCCACGCUGAGCUCUCCAAGCUGGUGAAGAAGCACGCGGACCAGAAGAACAUGGAGACGGAGAUGUACAGGAAGAUGCUUGGGAAUCCCAGCGCCGCCGGCGCGCCGGGGAAAUGCAAAGACAAGCUGCCCUGGUCCAUCCCCUGGAAGUGGCUCUUCGGUGCAACAGCCAUCGCGCUCGGUGGUGUGGCCUUAUCCGUGGUCAUCGCAGCGAGGAACUGAGGAUGGUGGCGGAGCGGCCCCGCAGCACAGGACCUGCGCUGGGACGUGCCUCUCUCAUGUCAAGGGGCUCCACCGACCCCUCCCCACGGACUCGCAGUUGCAGAAACACUAAUGCUUUCUCUGCCGGGGUGCCGGAUCCCCCUCCUGACAUCCCCCCCAUACCCCUCCCGGCGCAGGCGGGAUGCAGCUGCAGGGAUGGAGCCGCAGGAAGAGCAGAGACACGCGCCCCCCCAAGCACCCUCCUGGAAAUUGGGAGCCCAGCCCCGAAGCGUGUCAGGGGGGAGCGGGAGCUCCUGCACACCAGUCUGCUGUCACUGUCCCCAGCCUGGUGAGCCCCACUGGGCACCAUGGUCCUGCCGACGUGGCGGGAUGGGCAGGGGGGAAGCGUGUGGAAGGAAGCCAUGUGGGGUAUGAGCAGGCAGGGUGGUUUCUGCGGCCGGGCUGUGGGAAGGGAAGCGAUGCGGACGUGCCAUGGGGCAUGUGCAGUGCUAUUCCUUGUGUCCUGGGGGGCUGCCAGCGGCUCAGCCCUCCCGCAGGCACCCGCUCCCCUCCUUGGCACUACCCCCAGAGCGUGCAAUGUCCAAAGGAAGCCAAAGAAACCCGUGGCGGGAGGGUUGCAGGAGGGGAGCACUGGAGACCCCCUCGCCAGGCUGUCUCGUGUAGGUCCAAGCUCUCGGAGUCCCGCUUUGCCCUGCAGCUCUCUCCAGCCUGGGGCCGCCCCCGGGGCCUGCUGCCGCUCCAGUCCCAGCUCUGCUCAUGGAUUGGGGGGGUGGGGGGGUUGUAGUACUGUCCUCCUGCCCCAAACUGACUGUGAACUUCCCAAAUAAAAGACAAUUCCUUCA